GACGAUUGACUUGCGUCAAAAAUAGAUAAAUCGUGGUGUUCUCGAAGCUUCUGCAGAGUAAUCGAAGUGCUUCGAUUGUAGCACCCUGGUUUGGUUCGAAGCUAAACAUUGCAACGUGUUAUGGCCUUCAAUUAGUUAUAACUUAGUUUCAACGUCUUUUAUCUAAGAGAAUGGCAGUUACGCUGGCAAAAGUAUUGGAAACUGCUCAGGGCAGCGUGAAUGAAACUUUAAAGGAGCUGACAGAAGCUCCACUUGAAGAAGAAGAUGAAGGUUUAGCUACCCCUGAAAACUUCUGGCAAGAGUUAGGAAAUGCUACUCAAAAAAUCGCUAGUGAAGUUGCAAAGUUGACGCUUGUGCUAACUCAGCCUCCCAAGCCAACUGUCAGUAUUGCUCAAAAUAUAGUCAAUGGUGUUGAGGCUGCCUGGACAACUUUAUUGUCGUCCUCUCGCAGAUCUCCUCCCAAAGGAGCACUUCUUCGCAAGGAGUUGCGAAAUGCUGUGCUGCGCAUUGGAGAAGCACUGGCAACCCUUCUGAAGGCUCUUAAAGAAGCUGAAAAUGGAUCUGAACUUCAAAUGACAGGACGUGUAUGGGAAGCAUGCACAGCUAUGGAAAAGGUACCAAGAGAUAACUUAGCUGCUACACGUUCUCUCCUAGCUAAAGAAGAAUUACUACUUACAGAUGCACUUCAAGAAAUUGAGGAAGAGCUUAAGUGUUCACGGCUUUCUGAGAAUGAUGAUGUAGAUAAUUCAGCCAACUGGACUAAUCAAGAAAAAGAGCUUUUAAAUCCUUGCGUUGGCCUUGUACGCACAGCUCGAGCAUCAAUUAAGAAGGUUGGAGAAGCAGUUCGUCUGAAAGGCCAUUGUAGGGACUCUACUGGAGCGGAGCAACUUGAUAGAUUGGCUGUUGCUGCAGAAAAAUUGAGCCCAGCUGUGGACACUUUUGUAGCUUCCAUCUAUCCUCCCAUGAACAAAUGUUCUGUCAGCUCAACUGCACUAGCAGUUGUUACAGUUGUGCGAGAGUUCUUGGAGCUGGCUCGACAAUGUGAUGUUACUGGGGAGAGCGACAGUGAGUGGCUCAGUUUUCUCUUACGAGCAGUUGAUCACAACAAUAACAAAGUUCAACCUCUUCUGUCUCCUGACUGAUUUAUCAUGUUAAAUUAAGUCCAUAAGUUAAAUUGUUGCCAUGUUGUCUUCCAGUUAGCUUCUGAAUUGAAUGUUAUUUUCUAAUGUAUGUGUUGGGCUGGCCUCUAGUUAGGUUUUUCAUUGCAUUUUGUUAUUGAAGAAGAAGUUAAUACAAUUUGUUUCAAUUCCUUCUCUAGUUUUUAUUGUAAUUAUUAUACUUAAUAUGGUCAAUUCAAGACUUAACUAAUCACAUUUCAGGACGGACUCGUUCGUAAACAAAAAAUACUUGCUAUACAAAGUAUGGGUAUUGUUUUUGCAAACAACUUAAAAAUGGCAGUUGUCACUUGAAAUGUGACAUUGAUGUGAACUAUAUACAAAUUAAAAUUGUUGCAAAUGAUA